AUGCAGUUUCAAGAACAUUGUUAUCAAUAUUUGUCAUAUUUAGAUUUACUUAUAUACAUUUAGAAAUAGUAUAUAUUAUGGUAUCAUUUGAUUUCAUAAUUGUUUUCUUAUGUUUUUAAAUUGAUAAGAGAAGCAAAUAAGAAUGCUUUUUAGCUAAAGAUUAUUGGUGGAGGUAAUUAUAUGAGUUCCUUAAUUAAUUAUAGAGCUCUGUUGA